AGCGAGGAGGCCUCGCCGCAGGGCAGGGCGGGCCGGGCGCCGGCGCCGCGCUACGAGGAGAUCGACUGCCUCAUCAACGAGGAGCACACGGUGAAGGGGCGGCGCGAGGGCAGCGAGGUGUUCCUGCCCUUCAGCUGGGUGGAGAAGUACUUCCAGGUGUACGGGCGCAUCGCGCCGGCCGACGGCGGCGAGAGGUUCGAGUUCUCCCACAGCUACUCCAAGGUGUACGCCCAGCGCGCGCCGUACCGGCCCGACGGCGUCUUCAUGUCCUUCGAGGGCUACAACGUGGAGCUGCGCGACAGGGUCAAGUGCAUCAGCGGCGUG